AUGGCCAUGCGUGAUAGCGAGGGACGCACGCUUUCGAACGCGCAUCUUCUUGGGUUCUUGUGGCGAAUUCUCAAGCUUCUCUUCUACGGCAUAAAGCCUAUUUUUGUAUUUGAUGGUGGCGCGCCCGUCCAAAAGCGCCGAACCAUCGCUAACCGUAAACACAGGCGCACAACAGCCGCUGACUCCCUUGCAAAGACGGCGGAAAAACUUCUUGCCGCGCAGCUCCGGCAGGCAGCCCUAAACUAUGCGUCUCCCCAAAAGCAAAGCGGCCUGGAUGCGGAACUGUUGGACAAUGGAACGGUAUACUUUGAUUCUGUCGGCCGCUCGAAUCAGCCUCAGCUCGGAGGGCGAGUGAACGAGACUGGUUUGACAGUAAAGCCAGCGCUGCAGCCGAAAAGUGCGCCCAAAGACCCGUAUCAGCUGCCUGACAUGCCACAUGACGCCUUGCUCGAGUCAAAGGGUCAGAAAGAUUUACGAUUUGCGACUGAGACGGAAUUGCGCGCGCUUAUGAACUCGAUCGCUCCUGAAGACCUUGACAUGAAUUCAGAGCUGUUCCGCAGUCUUCCACCAGAAUUGCAGUAUGAACUUGUCGGUGAUUUGCGCAUGCAGUCACGAGGCACAUCAUACAAGCGUUUGCAGGACAUGUUACACGCUGCACCUACGGCGAUUGAUUUUUCCAAAGCACAGGUUGCCGCUCUUAAAACGCGCAACGACCUCACGCAAAAAGUGCUAACCGUCACGGAUGAAAUUGGACGUGCUAAUAUAAAAGUCCCCAUGCGUGUGGAAGGCCUACGAAAUCGCGAGUAUGUACUGACGCACAUCGAUUCUGGCGACGGCGGAUUCGCUCUUGGAUCCCGCGAUGCUGGUACAACGCGAGACAAAGCCAUCAUCGUUGAUUCGGACGACACGAAACCAGAUGUGGCCUAUUACAAUCACGACGAUGACGAGGAGUUGGCAGAACUCGAUAUGGAAGAUGUUGAAAUAGGAUCGGCCCCAAUUGCCCCUGAUCCUGAGCUUGACGCUAUCGUGCAAGCUGAGCCAGAUCCUAUUGCACGCAAAGAACGAGCUCUUCAGUUCUUGAGUGCGCGCGCUGAGCAGCACCGCCGCCAAAAGCGCAAAGAAGCUGGUAUGGAUGAUUGGGAAGAACGAAUGUUUGGGCAUAUGGAGCCCGUACAAUAUGAGUCAAGUGCACUGUUUCAUGAGUCAGACGUGGGCGAUGCUGCGGAGGCAGUGGAAGCAGCACAACCCAAGGAGCCUAUUCUCCUCGACGAAACCUUCGAAGAAGUGUCUUUGCCUUCAGCGCUUCACGCGAAACCAAUUCGUUCUCGUUCACCCACGCCUCUGCCGUCGCCCACUCCAAUGCCUGCCGAGCUGAGCGCAUCAGCAAUAUCGACUGCACCACCUAACGUAUCAUCGUCGCCACCCGUGGCGCUUCGCGGUGACGAACCGGCUGCUCAAGCCUCGGCUGCUUCUGUGAGGUCGCCCCCUUCACAAUCCACGUUAAGAUCACCAGUUCCCACCGUCGCUCCACAGGCUAUUGUUCAUCCUGUACAGACAACCUCGUGUGAAAACGAAUGGGAUCCAAAGCACUCGGAAUCUUCCAGAGAAGCUGAUUCGAAUGUUCCACGUGGUAGUUCCUCCAUCCCACGCGUUGAUACGAUGGAGUCCGGAAAUCCUUCACCCAUGCGAUUGGUCUCUGCCAACAAGCUCAAGGUCACAACCGGGGAAUUGGAUGAAAAUGAUGAGUCGCACAGCGCCAUGGCUCGAGCAACAAAUAGACACGUUGAUUCGCUUGAAACUGAUUCAUACGUGAAUGUGUCAGAUGCUUAUCUGGCUAUGCCAAACGCUGCACCGAUAUCGAUACCCGUUACGCCAAGACAUGAUGCCUCGAAUGAGCCUUUUCAUCAUAAGCAUGAGGCAGCAAGUCGUGAUGUAUCCGAGAACAAGACUCGAGAGAAGUCCCCUGUCGCAUCACAUGUCGUACCACUCAGCAGCGCACCAUCGAGUCCAGAACGUUUCGAGACAUUGCGAGAUGCAAGUCCGUUGUCGGAGCGUGCAUCAUCAGCAUUUCCCUGGUCGCCUACACCAUCGCCGGAACCGGUGCCACUGGGACCGGACGGAUUCCCGCUUCCUACCGCGGAAGAAGUCGAUGAUGUUGAGAAUGAAGAAGCACACGAGCUUGGACAGUUGGAAGGCGACCAGUCGGAGUUCGCCGACUUUCUCAGUACGACCACAGGGCAAAGUCUUCCGGCUAUGCGAAAAGAAGUCGAGGCAGAAGUAGAUGCAUUGCGUCGCGAACGCGCACGACUUCGGCGCUCCGACGAAGAGAUCACACAACAGAUGACGGCGGAAAUUCAGGCUCUCUUGCGAAUCUUUGGCUUGCCGUAUCUGACGGCGCCUAUGGAAGCCGAGGCUCAGUGUGCACAACUUGCAAUGCAGCAUCUCGUGGAUGGAAUCAUCACAGACGACAGCGAUGUCUUUUUGUUUGGCGGCACACCAGUUUACCGCAAUAUGUUCAACAAUCGUCGCUCUGUGGAGUGCUACUGGAUGAACGACAUGCAUCGAGAGCUCGGCUUGUCUCGUGAGCGGCUCAUCCAACUUGCAUUUUUGCUGGGUAGCGAUUACACGGAAGGCCUGCCUGGCGUCGGGCCUGUGCUGGCGAUGGAAAUCCUCUCUCUUUUUCCAGGUGAUUAUGCACUCGUUCACUUCCGCGAGUGGUGGCAACAUGUGCAGAUUGGUGCAGACGACGAGGUCCAUGAUGCCCGCUCGAAGGUCCGCCGGCGAAUCAAGCGUGCGCUACGAGACAAAGUGCAUUUAUCAGAGGAAUGGCCCGACCCACUUGUGCAGCAAGCAUAUUGGGAGCCUCAAGUCGAUGACAGCGACGAGCCAUUCGUGUGGGGCCAGGCUGAUCUUGAUGCCAUCCGCGCAUUCUUACAAGAGUACCUGCGCUGGCCACCGAGUAAAACGGACCAGUACGUCCAGCCUGUCAUGGAGCAGCAACGCAAAACAGAUCGCUUGCGGCGCGUGCAAGCGACGCUUGAUCAGGCUGGUUUUACGGGAGGCCGCGUCCCUGCGCCCGCACGAAGCAAUGCGUUUGAGUCAACACGCCUGCAGCGUGUUGUCCAAGACUUUCGGUAUGCGCAACGCACUGACGAGACGGAGCCGCCGAAUAAGCGCGCUAGAUCUCGGCCUGAGCCCCGUGCGCAGCGUCGACGCCCUCGGUCGGGGCACUCAAGCGACGACGACGCAUACGAACCGACAUCCAUCCGGCAUCGACGUCCUUCCAGCCGCUCGCGCGGGCAGACAUCAUCGUUGCACCUUUCCAUGUAA